CAAAGGUUUCGGCAAAGGCUGUAGUGGUGAGGAGACUGGCUGUGGAGUAUUACUUGUAGAGUAAAACCGGCCUUGUCAAGAUCAACGUAGAGGUAAAUCUUGGACGUACAAACUGAUCUGUGACUGCAGCGUCAACUUCCAGAGAAUUAGCAACAUACGUCCGUUGUCGAAUGACUUGAAGAUGGGCUCCAUUCAACCAGAGAAAAAGCGACCGAUCAGGAUCGGAGGAGCGUCAGGAGGUUUCACAGAUCGUCAGAGGUCAAUAUUGUCUUUUGCAAAGGACAAUGAUGUCGAUGUCAUUGUUGGGGACUGGAUGAGCGAAAUGACCAUGUCAUGGCAUGGUGUUGCGAAGAAGGAGCAACUGGCCAAAGGAUUGACCGACGCUGAUAGGACGGGCUUGUUCGACCCAUCCUUCAUGAACACACUCAGUCCAGCUUUACCUCACCUGCAAGAACGUGGUGUCAAAGUUGCUGUGAAUGCCGGUGCAAGUGACAGUGAAAUGCUGGCGAACCUUGUAGCGAAGACUGUCAAAGAAAAAGGUCUAUCACUCAAAGUAGCCUGGAUCCAAGGUGACGAGGUAAUGGACGUCGUUCAACGGCUCUUAAAAGAAGGCGAGAAGUUUGAAAACAUUUGUUUCGGGGGAAAUCUGGAGGAUUGGCCGUUUGAGCCGCUGGCUGCACAAUGCUACCUCGGAGGGGCUGGCAUUGCAGAAGCCUUCAGAAACGGAGCAGACAUCGUGAUCUGUGGAAGAGUCUCAGAUGCCGCACCUACCGUGGGUGCCGCGCUGUGGUGGCACGGCUGGGAUCGAAACAAGGAUUUUGAUCAAUUGGCAAGCUCACUUGUUGCUGGACACUUGAUCGAAUGUUCAACGUAUGUCACAGGAGGUUACUACAGCGGCUUCAAGGACCUCUUUGACGGUUGCGAGGAUCAUGGGUUCCCCAUUGCUGCUAUCAACGCCGAUGGGUCUUUCACCCUCGAGAAAGAACCUAAUACCGGGGGCGAGAUGUCCGUUGGUACCGCUACAUCACAGCUGAUGUAUGAGAUCCAAGGGCCUCAAUACUAUGGAUCUGAUGUUGUUGCUGUCCUAGAAGGCAUCAAAAUGGAGCAAGUUGCCAAGGAUGUGGUCCUGGUUACAGGGGUCAAGGGGAACCCUCCUCCAACCACCACCAAAGUCGGUCUCACAGCAAAAGGAGGCUAUCAAGCAGAGUUCCACUAUUAUUUCUGCGGCCUGGACAUUGAACAGAAGGCUGAGUGGACAGAGAGGCAGAUUCGGCGGUCGAUAGGCAAGAAUGCGGAAAGAUUUUCUGUACUGAAGUUUUCAACUAAUGGAUCCUGCCCGGACGACCCAAAGAACCAGGACGUGGCAACUGUGGACUUCAGAAUCUUUGUCCAGACAAAACACGAGGAUCUGGUGGGCAUGGGAAAAAUGGACGUCCCCGGAUUUACCAGGUGGUGUAUGGAGAACUUCCUGCAGAGUUGUCCAGGAGCUUCGAUCGAAAACGAUCUCCGCCAAUCAGCCGGAAAAGAGUUCUACGAGUACUGGGCUGCUCUUCUACCUCAGUCAGAAGUACCACAUAGUGUGCAGCUGCCUUGGUCCAAUCAGUCGAUCGACAUCCCUCCAGCGGCCGACCUCAAAGACUACGGAAAGUACUAUGACACCCGGCAGUGGAGUUACGAAACGAAAAAUCCUGUUGAUAUUUCGGCCUUCGGUCCAACUACAAGGGGACCUUUGGGCUGGGUGGCACUUGGACGAUCGGGGGAUAAAGCUUCAGAUGCGAACGUCGGAUUCUUCGCCAGGCGGGAAGACGAAUGGGACUGGCUGCGAAGUCUGCUGACCAUCCCGAAGAUGAAGGAGCUACUGGGUCCGGAGUACAAUGGUAAGAGUGUCGAGCGAUUCGAGAUCCCAGGUAUCAGAGCCGUGCAUUUCAUGUUGCACGACCACCUGGAUCGAGGAUGGAGUGCUACAAGCACAUAUGAUGGACUAGGGAAGAAUGUUUGUGAGUAUCUGAGGGCAAAAUGGGUUGAUAUUCCCAAUCUGUUUUUGAGGAGAGGCAUAGUGUAAGGGAGAAUAUCACACGAAGCAGGAGCUUGCGAUUGUUGUUGUUUACUUGGUACAUCUGAGGCGUUCAGUUCUGAGGAGUAGCUGUCUGAUAUCAUGCGUGGGAGGCUUCAGAUCGACAUCGGUGAAAUCCGUCAAGCUUGACCUGACGCAGG